GGUUAGUUGAUACUAGAUUCACACAAGUACACAACAUGAACAAAAAUAACAACCGUCAACUUACAGUCUAACUACUGUCUACUAGUUGUCAUUUGUCACUGCAUGUUAGUUGUCUCUACUAACAGUAUUAAUAAAUAGUAACUCAUAUUCAUUACUCAAGUAACGCAAGUGCGUUUGUUCUGUGGUUCUGCUAAAGUGCUAACACAAGUUUAGUACUUCAAAAUACUUACAGACAAAAGUUGUGUUGUAGUCAAUCGUAACUUGCAAGUUGUAAGUAUUUAGACGAAUUAGGUAUGUCUGCAUUCGAGUACUACGCCAAGAACAGUAUUACUGAGGACAGGGUGAACCGUAAACGUAAAAACAAGAAGAAAUUAAAAAAAACUCCAGUUAAAAUUACUAAAACUGAAAAUAAUGGUAAUGAGAAUCCAAAAAAACCUAGGAGCCAUACAUUGAAUAAUAUUUACAACCUUAACUUAAAAGAUUCUUUUAAAACUGGGCAAAAAUUAUUGGAAUGGCUAAUACAUCCAAUGAGCAUUGAUGAUUUUAUGAGGAAUCAUUGGGAAAAAGACAUCCUGCAUGUGCCAAGAAACGGUUCUAAUUAUUUUUCACAAUUGUUCUCUCUUACUGAACUUGAUAACAUUCUUCGUGAAAACAACCUUCAAUAUGGGACAAAUGUAGAUAUUACAUCUUAUACAGACAAUGUACGUGAAACACAUAAUCCAGUAGGCCGAGCUCAUCCUCACGUCGUUUGGGAUUAUUACAACAAUGGAUGUAGUGUCCGGUUACUGAACCCUCAGCUAUUCGCUCCAGAAAUUUAUAAAUUCAUGGCUAAUCUACAAGAAUAUUUUGGCUCAUUAGUUGGUUGUAAUGUUUACCUUACACCACCAUUUUCUCAAGGUUUUGCUCCUCACUAUGAUGAUAUUGAAGCAUUUGUUGUGCAAGUAGAUGGUGAAAAACAUUGGAGGGUAUAUAAACCAAGAAGUGAGUUUGAAACCCUGCCAAGGACUUCAAGCCGAAAUUUUCAUCCAGAUGAAAUAGGUGAACCAAUUCUUGAUGUAAUAUUAAGACCUGGAGAUUUUUUGUACAUGCCUAGAGGAUACAUUCAUCAAGCUGAUACUUUAUACACAGAAACACAUUCUUUACAUUUGACAUUUUCAUCAUAUCAACAAAAUUCUAUGUAUGAUUUUCUUCAAGUGGUGGUUAAUAAUUCUUUAAAUAAUGCUGCAAAGAAUGAUAUAUCCUAUAGAUCUGGUUUGCCUGUUGGAUACCAAAAUUUUGGAGGCUUAUGUGAAUCGGAAAAAUCACUUCCCCGUACUGUUCAAAGGCAACAAUUUGAAAAUCAAAUCAACCAACUUAUAAGAAAUUUAAAAAAUCACAUAGACCUUGAUCAUGCUAUUGACAUGUUUUCAUUGAAAAAUUAUUACACAAAUUCACUACCCCCAUCAAUAUGUAAUGUUGAACUGCUACGGACAGUUGCUAACGGUACAAAGAUGUUACCUAAUGGAAAAACCACUAGAGAAGAGGUAAACCUUGAAAUAGCUGAAGUUAAGCUUAUUCGUAGAAAUUGCUUUAGACUGGUCGAAGAAAGUAUGUUGGACGAAGAAACUGAUCAAAUGACAACCGAGUUGAGAUUAUAUUAUAAUCUUGAUAAUUCUAAACAAUUGCACGGUAACGAGUGCCAAUUUGUUGUUAUACCGGAUGAAAUGGGAUUAUUUGUGAAGAAACUGUUUAAUGUGUAUCCAUUAUUUACCAAAGUAUCUGACUUAUGCAAUGACAAUGAACAGGUUAUGCAGCUUGUGAAUGAUUUAUGGGAACGAGGAUUGUUAAUUACUUCAAAAGAUAUUACGACAUUGUCUAAUUAGUUUUUAUAAAAUUUAUGUUAAAAAUACUUUAUUUACAAUAAACAAUGUAUUUUUAGAAAGUAAUAUAUUUUAACAUUUUAUA